AGUGGCAGCGCCAGAAACAUGGCAGACGAGGAGGACUCGCUGCCGGACCCCGGUCCCGUCUCUCCGGCGGAGAGUCCUAAAACCGAGCGGCCUCAGUUUGUUUCCUUCUCCGAGAGCGUCCAGCCUGCAGUCGGCAUGAUGAGCCAGCUCCUGACCCAGCCCUCUUCCCUGAAGUUUGACAAAAACAUCAAGCAGGCCUUCUACAACACCGGGGCGAUGAUCUUCGUGGCGAUCUGCUGCGGGGCCGCCGUCCUGGUCUACUUCAUCCUGGAGGCCUUCCUCCGCCCGCUGCUCUGGGCCGUGCUGUGCGGCACCUUCCUCCACCCCUUCAAGCACUCCCUCGCCCGCCUGGGCCGCUCGUGGCUCAGCGGCCUCCAGGACACCGGGACUCCCAUCGUGGUGGGGACGCUGCUGGUCCCGGUGUGGUGCGUCAACUACGGGGUGGAGGCGAUGGGAAGGCUGGUGCUGAAGAGGCUGACGGUGCUGCUGGUGAUCGGUGCCGGGGCGCCGCUCGUGUACUUCCUCUACCUGUUCUGGAGCGUCAUCGGCAUGCAGGUGAUCCUCGGGCACAUCUGCUGGGUCAUCGGGGCAGUCCUGGACUGCUUCCACGCGGUGUGGGUGUGCAGUGUCGUGUUUGGCUACUUGCUGGCCGUCUGUUUCAAGUGGAGUCCUCAAACGGAGCAGUACCUAAAGACCAUAGCCCUCCCCGUCUGGGCUGCACUCCUCUUCUUUGUUGUGUCUCUAACCGGCUCGUGGAGGGUGCCUAUAUUUGUGGUUGUGGUGGCUCUGCUCAUCGUCGGCUCCCAGGAGAAACCGCCCGUCGCCGGCAGAGGCGAGCUGUCAGGUCAGGUGCUGUCGUUUGCUGCCAACACGAUUUACAUGGCCAUUUCCUGCAGCAGCUUUCAACCAAAAACAGAACAAAGUGAGAAUACAACCACAGGUGGGGUGCACCCAGUCGCUCCCCCUCCUGCCACUCCCGGCUUCUCUCGAGGAACUUUACCCAGAAGCCUCUUCCAGAAAGACAAGAGCUCCCGUAGAGCCAGUGAUAUCUACUUCAUUCUGCUGGUCUGGGCCAUUGUGCUGGUCCAGGUGUGGCUCAACCUCUGGAUCCUUCAGCUGCUGCCUAUCCCUGUAGCUGUGUGGGUGCUGAAAAAGAUGGUGGUCCACUUCGGUCUGAAGAGUUUCGCCGAGCGCACUCUGACCUCGUGGUGGGUGGUGCUGGAGAAGUUUGGACGGGAACGGGAGGACGCCCUGCUACCCGGACCGAUCAAAGGCCUGGUUCAAUUCCUGCUGCGUAUCGACACCAAGCUCUGGCAUUGGCUUAACAAGCAGAUGAUAGUCUGGCUGGAGCGAUCGCUGGAUAAAAUCAUCAGCAUCUUCAUCAUCUUCCUCCUGGUUACAGGGACCCUGCUCAUGGCCCUGCUGCUCACUGCUAUGGUCCAUCAAGAAAGUGUUCAUAUCAUAGAAGUAACCAGCAACCUCAUCAAUGAGACGGUCUCUAACCAUCCGGAAUGGGCCAAUAUGCUUCCAGAAGCUCGUGUUGUGCAGAAAGCUCUGAAUUCAGCUGCUACCAAUGUUUAUCAGCACGGGAGAGAAUGGAUAACACAGAAGCUCCAUAAGAUGCUGGGAGACAAGGCCAACCAGACGGCGGUGAUCGAGAAGCAGGUUUUGGAGCUUUGGGACAGACUCUACCACUCUUGGUUUGUGAAGAAUGUGACCCAGUCCGGCCGCCUUCGUGGGCAAAAGUUGCUUCAGAGGCACAACAGCUGGCUGGGGGACAUCCUGGACUGGAAGGACAUCGCUUCGUUUCUUCAGGAAAACAUCGAGACUCUGCUGUCUAUCCUGGAGUCGCUGUGGGUGGUGAUGAGCAGGAACGUCGGCCUCCUCAUCUCCACCACCACUACCCUGCUCACCGUGUUGUUCCACAGUGGCACGGCGCUGCUCAACUUUGCACUGAGUUUGGUGAUCUUCCUCACUACCCUCUUCUACCUCCUGAGCUCCAGCGGCGAGUACUACAAACCCGUCAAAUGGGUGAUCAGCCUGACGCCGCUCUCCCAGCCCGGACCCUCCUCUAAUAUAGUUGGUCAGUCUGUGGAAGAGGCCAUCAGAGGCGUGUUUGAUGCCUCCCUGAAGAUGGCCUGUUUCUACGGCCUCUACACUUGGCUCACCCACACCAUCUUUGGCAUCAACAUCGUCUUCAUUCCCUCAGCUCUGGCUGCCACCCUGGGUGCCGUACCGUUCCUGGGGACGUACUGGGCGGCCGUGCCGGCUGUAUGCGACCUGUGGUUGGCGCAGGGUGAGGGCGUCAAGGCCGUGCUGCUCCUGAUCUGCCACCUUCUCCCGACGUAUUUCGUAGACACGGCCAUCUACUCGGACAUAUCAGGGGGCGGACAUCCUUACUUGACGGGUCUGGCGGUAGCAGGUGGGGCGUACUAUCUAGGUCUGGAAGGGGCUAUAAUUGGGCCCAUCCUCCUCUGCAUCUUGGUGGUGGCGGCGAACAUCUACAGCGCCAUGUUGAUGAGCCCCAGCUCUGCGCUUCCCACGCCAGUGCAGCCCCACUGGCCCAUCCACCCUAUGAGGGCUUAUGCAGAGUCCACCCCUUCUGUCCCGAAGACCAGCGAGUGAUUCCAACUCUUCCGGGUGAUCGCUCCGGAUUAUCGCCUGGCUCUGCACGCCCAAUGGGGACCAAGCGUAACCAUUCAUCAAAACUCUUACUUCCCUCAGGCAUCCCGAUCUUCCACCCGGACCAAUGACAGCUCAUGAUGUUCGUCGUAUUGUACAGACACUAAGAGUGCCUAAAGUUAUUUUUAAUACUGAGAAAUGCUUACAAGUCUUUUUAGUAAACCAGAAGAGGAUAUAUUUUCUAUACCGAGGCUCCGGUCUCAAGCUACUGUUGAAAUCUCCCACCUCUCCUCACAGGAAAGAUCUGUCUGUACGGUUGAGUUACCACAGUGGAGCUUUCGUUUUGACGAGCUCCGAACCAGAGACUGAUGGGAUUUUUGAUGGACGUGCGUGCAUUCAGGAAGUGAGCCAAGGGGGUUUACAGGAAAAGCCCGUUUUAACUCUUUAUUUAUUCAUUUUCUUCAUUCGGAGAGCACUUAACCGAUGUGGCAGGGCUAAAAGCACUUCCAGACGCAGCAGCACCUCGGGUUCCGUCAGGUUCAACUGGUUGAGCACUUUUAGGUUUGGAUGACGGUGUGAUGCGCUUUAACGAUGUCUGUACAUUGACUAUUCACCUCAUCCACUCUUGCACCGCAAAACCUCAACCUUCUUAAAAAAAAAAAACAAAAAAAAAAACUAAUGUAAGCACUUUUAAUACUUUAUUUAUUUAUUUUAAAAGUGCGUAAAGCUUUAUUGAAUCGGAUGCAGAUAUGUGUACAGAAGAUCGAUUAUUAGCCACCAUGUUGGCUACCUGAGAAUGUUUCGGUUGUUUGAACAGUUUGUCGGAAAAGUUUUUUUUUUUUUAAGUUUCUGAAAAUGCACUGAAUAAAAGAUGACUAAAAAAACAUUUUGUUUUGCAGCUUUUCUUGUAACUCUGAAAUAAGACUUUUUCAAAUGUAUUGAUAAUGAGUUAAACUUAGAAUAUAAUCUGUGUGUGAGGACUGAGUCAGGCUGUCAUCUGCUCUGCAAAGGCCUGACAGAUUUUCAAUGUGUCAGUGAAGCCCAGACAGAUGGACAGAGGGGGGGAAAAAAUCCAACCCAUGAAGCGGUCUCCUCCAGAGCGGCUGCUGGUGAAGUCAACUAUGAGCAAAACACGCUGAUCAAACCCCUGAAGUCGUGCUCUCAAGUCAAGAGGAAGUUGAGCUACCUCAUGAGAACUAUAUUUUCAAAGAAAAAAAAUUAAAGCUUUUAAGCAAAAAUACAUAAUUUGUCACAAGUUAUCAAAUCAUAAAGUGAAUGAUCCAAUCCUGGGAAAGUGUUUCAAUUAUAUUUAUAAAGGAGUAAAGAUAUUUUACACUCUGCUUUUUAACAUAAAUUGAGGCAUGGAUACCUUUCUUUAUAUUUUUUUAAAUCUUUACUAUUUAAAAAAAUAUCUUCAAAAACUUAAUACAUGUUUAGCUUUUAACAAUUCCACAAAAAAAAAAAAAAAAA